CUAUACCUCUCCAUGAACCGAGAGAGAGAGAGAGAGAGAGAGAGAGAGGGAAAAAAAAAAGGUAAUUAGUUGGUAGUGGAGAAGAAGAUCAACAACAAAGAAUACCCAUUUUUCUACUUCAAAAGAAAAAAAGAGUGACAAGGAAGAAAAAGAAAGAAAGAAUGAAAACUGUGCAAGAUGAAAUCCGCAAAGGUCCAUGGACGGAGCAGGAAGAUUUCCAACUGGUUUGCUUUGUCGGACUGUUUGGAGAUCGUCGUUGGGAUUUCAUAGCCAAAGUUUCAGGUUUGAAGGUGGCGGGAGACAAAUAAUAGGUAGGUUAUUCGGAGAUGGCAAAGUUUUGCAAGGAGCUUUCCCCUUAACCACCAACCAUUUAUGGGUAUUUGUUGUAGGUUUGAACAGAACAGGAAAAAGUUGCAGGUUGCGUUGGGUCAAUUACCUCCACCCUGGUCUCAAACGAGGCAAAAUGACCCCCCAAGAAGAACGCCUUGUCCUUGAGCUUCAUGGAAAAUGGGGAAAUAGAUGGUCAAGAAUUGCUAGGAAAUUACCAGGGCGUACUGAUAAUGAGAUCAAGAACUACUGGAGGACCCACAUGAGGAAGAAAGCUCAGGAGAAAAAGAGAGAUGCUUCUCCAUCAUCUUCUUCAUCUAAAAGUUGUUCCUCCAAUUCAUCAAACAUUACCACUGUGGUGGAUGACUCUGUGGCUUUACCUCAAACAACUGGUGUGCAAAGCUUUUACGACACAGGAGGGAAAGAGAUUUCAACUUCAAAAGGAAAGAUUAAUGAAGACAAGAAAGAAGAUGACAAAGGGUGUUACUCCAUGGAUGAUAUAUGGAAGGAAAUCUCACUCCCUGAAGUUAACAAUAUUAUUGAUCCAGUAGUUCUCUUCGAUGGUUAUGGUGAACAAGGUUGUAAUUUCUCUGCAUGUCCUAUAAUGGAGUCUUCUUCGUCAUGGGAGGAAUAUUGCUCUGAUUCUCUUUGGAAAAUGGAUGAUGAUGAAGAGAGUAAGAUGAUGCUUUUCCCAAACACAUAUCUAACUGGCUGAUUAGAAUUCUAUUCAUUAAGAUUUGUUCAUAUGUAUAAUACUUUGUCAAAAAAAAAGAAAAAAAAGAAAAAAAGAAAAAAAAAAUUCUCUAACCUGUAUAGCAUGGGUUUUCUCUAAGCUUUCUUAUAGAAAGCUCUGCAUCUAUCUCCAGCAAAAAUCACCUUAUGCAUAAUAGUAGUUGGUGUUCUUCAUGCUUUUGUGUGUUUUCUUUACCUUUUCAUUUCAGAGAGGAAACAGAGAACUUGAUCAUCAAAAUCCCAUGAAUUAUAUGUAUUCAUGGAUGCAUUGUAAAAUAUGCAUUUUAACUAUUACUAUUGAAUCAAAAGCUGUUGCAGUUUGACAUUCCAA